AUGUUCUUCGACAAGAAAUCCAUCGUCCUCUACGGACUGAUGGCCCUGGCUCAUGCCUCUCCCCUCCCCGCGCUCAGCAAGCGCGCCCCCAAACUCGGCGACUUCCAAUGCCCCGACGGCACCACCCUGUCUGAAAAUGAUAUCCGCGAGGCCCUGCACCAGUGCCGCAGACUCGACGACGGCGCCAUCGGCAAGUACCCGGCCUACUUUGGCAACAAGAGCAACAACCAAAAAGUAUUCGGCAAUAUUCCCGAUAGCACCGAUCUGCGGGAAUUCCCCAUCGUCGUGGGUGGAGUGUACAAUGGCGGCGAACCUGGCGCGUACCGUGUGGUCACAGACUACAAGGACAACCGCGGUGACUUCCGCGGUGUGAUGCAGCAUACCGGCGCCACCGUCGGUGGCGCCUAUACGGCCUGCACGCGUGUCACCAACACCAAGCGCGAGCCUGGCAAGGACAAGGAUGACAAGAACAAGCACGACAAGAGCAAGGACGACAAGAAUGGUAACGACGAGAAGCGCAGCGUCCAGGAGACCGAGACUGAAACCACCGAGGAAUCCACCGGCCACACUGUCAGCGACCUGACCACCCGCGGCAAGAAGAAGAAGAUCGGUAGCGCUACCUGCCCUGAUGGCGUCACGCUCUCCCAGGACGAUGUUGCCAAUGCGUUCAAGGAGUGCAAGAAGUGGGAUGACUAUGGCGUCGGCGGUUACCCUCACAAGUUUGGCAACAAGAGCGGUAACAGCGACGUCUUUGAGGGUGUCACCAAGGACCUGCGCGAGUAUCCUAUUAUUCAGGGUGGAACUUGGACUGGCGGCGAACCCGGCAAGUACCGUGUUGUCACCGACUACAGCGACAACUUUGUUGGAGUGAUGAUUGAGAAUGCUGGUGCUUCCUUCUCCCGCUGCACUGUCAACACUGAUUAG